UACUGUCAUGGCAGGACUCUGUAAACUGUGUUUCAUUUCUAUUCUUCUACUGCUUCUCUUCCCUGACUUCAACACUUGUUUGAACGCUGCAUCGCCACCCUCUUUACAGCCUGUAUAUGCUCCAGUGCCAACUCCAACACCCUCUUCACUGCCAACAAUUGUUCCACCUCAGUCUCCUCCUCCGCCUACAAAUAUUAAUGUUCCACCUCCUACAACACAAGGCUCUUCUUCUUCUUCUUCUAGAGGACUGAAUGGUGGACAGAAGGCAGGAAUAGCGAUUGGAGUGAUGUCUGCAGCAGGAGCUUUGUUUUUGGGAGGGCUUGUGUACAAGAAACGGCGUUCUAAUAUAAGAAGAGCCAAGUUUGGAGUUGUAGCCAGGAGACACAGUUCUUUGAGGUUGCAGGGGAUUCUUAUAAUUUCUUUUGUUUUCAGUUUUUGCCUUCUUCGGUUGUUUAAACCUUUAAAGUAAUUACUGUAUCAAUAAUGAUUGACUUCAUUGUUGAG